UUUGUGUUUGUUGGGUUCCAGUAGUGUGGUUGGAUUUGUUUACAAUAUUGAAUUUUAGAAAAAAUAAAUUAUAUUUAAUUAUGUUGACAACUAAAUUGUUACAAAGGCUUUCGAAUAGCAGGAAUGUUUUGAUUCCAAUGAUUUCAACUGCAUCGAACGCACAAAUACAACAAUUAGUCCAGCCAGCAGAUAACACCAACUCUAGCUUUAAACCUUUUUUCUUAAAUACAUGCAAUAUUGUUCUGCUAGCACUACAACUACAACGCCAACAACUGACCAAGGCAAUGGAAUCAUAAAGAGAGUUUUGAAAAAAGUUGGGUUUACUCCAAAUUCAAAAGCUAGGAUACGUGUAGCCAGUCAUAUGCUGUAUGAGAGUGUUGCGGAUAAAAUUAAUUAUUUAGCCUUCUUCAAUGACUUCAAUAUGCCUAAUACAUUUAAUUCAUGGUUUUUGGUAACUGAAUUACAUGUAUGGAUGCUGUUAUUGCGAUCAAUGGCCGAAGGAUCGGAGUCUGGUGAAGAUGGUCGAUUUUUACGAAAUUGCAUUGUUGAAGCUUUAUGGUCAGAUGUUAAUACCAGGGCUAAAAAAUUGGGAGCCAAUAAUCCCUCACGAACUCGCCAACAAAUUGAAGAACUCUCCGAACAAUUUCAGGCAGCUUUGAUAGCCUAUGACGAAGGUAUUAUGUCUGAAGAUCGAGUAUUGGCAGCUGCAUUAUGGAGACGUUUUUUCGCUUUAAAUUGUGAUGAUUAUGAAAAAAUUGAACGACUGGUUAAAUAUGUGAGGCGUCAAGUGGUUAUGCUAGAUAAUCUGUCCCGCCAAGAUUUCCUAAUUAAACCAAAAAUACCCUGGCAGGAUUUAAAUAAAAUUCAUAUUUAAGUUGUUUUCUGAAUUGUACUAUUCGCUAAUUUUAAAAAAUUAAAGUAAAAUACGAGUUAUUAAACAAGUAAAAUUGAAAACUAUAAAACAAACUACAAGCAUGUUUAUAUAUGUGAUUGAAUUAAAUAUUCGAUUUCGAAUGAACGCA